GUCAAGUUCAUUCCUUUGAUUUAUCAAUAUAUAAAUAUCAAUAGCAGAAGCAGCCUCUCAGUGGAAAUGAGACACUUUGGAUUAUGAGAUUCUAAGCUUGAAUUAUUAAAUCAGUCGAAAGUACCAAAUGAAAAUAAUGCAGUGUUAGGUAGGACAAAACCAAUAAGUUGAAUGACAAAUAAAACAACGAUUGGCGGGCUGCUUAAAUCUUGGGCUACCAAAUACCUUAAUCAUUACAAAUCAUAUUGCAUCUAAUUGCUCACUUCCAAUUUUAUUUUAAAUAAUUAAAUUUUAUUCUAAUAUGUCCUCUAAUCGGAUUAUUUAUCCUCGUGAGUAUUUAAUAUCCUUAAAACCUACUGAUCGGAAAUGCCAUAAAAAAGACAAAAAAAGCAUCACGCCGGGUGGCAAAGAGCCUUAAAAAACACCCCUAUUCAAUUUAUGACCGUUCCUGCAAUCAUGAGUACUAACUGUCGCUCCCUGCCAGCCAAGAUUAACUAUCUUCAAUCACUUGUGUCUUCCAUUAUAUAUCGAAAUACUGGGAUCAUAUCACUUCAAGAAACAUGGCUACAUGAUCUGUACGAUGACAAUCUAGUGUAUCUAAAUGAUUUCAAACUAUUCAGACAAGAUCGAUGCAGUUCUAGGAAGAAACGUGGUGGAGGUGUCGCCAUCUUCAUAAAUUCACAAUGGUGUACAUCUAAUAAAGUAUGUUUCAAAUUCUCUAGUGACAACAUUGACUGCCUCACCGUCAAAUGUCGACCUAAGCAUUUGUCAAAAUAUAACUACAUAUAUAUCUCGAACAUUUAUAUUGCACCUGGAUGCAAUUCCACUGAAUUGUCUUUAUUUGCUGAUGAAUUUACCUCCUUUGCUGUCACCUCCUUCGGAAACUCGUUGUCUAUUGUUACUGGAGAUUUCAAUUCUAGUGAUCACAAUUUCCUUAUUUCACUUGGUCAUGAUAACAUUGUCAACUUCCCGACUCGAAUGGAUAAUAUUCUAGAUCUUGUGUUCACAAAUGACAUAGGAAUAUUUGAAGCUCGGAAAAGAGCCCCACUACUUAACUCUGAUCACUGCAUCAUAAGAGUAUUGCCCAAGGUAUAUGGAAAGCUGCACAAAAGGGUCUUCUCCCACCUUGGAAAGAAAACACACCACAGAUGCUAUUCACAUGAUAACAUACAGAAUCUAAGGACAAUGUUAAAAGACACAAACUGGGACCUGUUUACUGAACAAGCUCUUGACAACACAAUUAGUAACAUGACACAUUAUCUCAAUUUCUGUCUUGAUGUUUGUUGUCCUAAAGAGACAUUCUUCUUAAAGUUCGACCGUUUCGCCUCAUCUCAACUCAAAAAGCUUCGCCGUCAAAAAGAGAGGUUAUACAAAAUGAAAAAUAAAUCUGGUGUUAAGAGAAUAAACACUUUGAUUAAAGCCGAAUUACAAAGAUUAAAUGCUCUCUAUAACCAGAAGUUUCUUUCAUGUAAAUCCUCAUCUAAUAUGUGGAAGCUAUUAAAGGAAAUCACAGGUGGUAAGCAAAUAAUGAAUGAUACUUCUGUCGAUGUUGAUAUGCUUAAUAAAUCCUUCAUAUGUAUCCCUGCAGAUGUUAUGAUUCCCAAAUCUAAUAGUAUAAAUAAUGACUGCUUUUCAUGUUUUAACACGAAUGAUGUCCUCAAGUGUCUUCAAUCUCUCAAACCUACCCAGUCCCUUGGUCCUGAUGGAGUUCCUGCUGUUAUCCUUAAGAAGUGUGCUGACAUCUUAUGUUACCUAUUAACUGACAUUUUCAAUGAAUCUUUUUCCAAAAGUAUUAUUCCUGACUCAUGGAAAAAUAUCAAGGUUGUUCCAGUGCCCAAAUCAACAAGUGGACCUACUGUCAAGUUUAGACCCAUUGCUAUUACCUCACCUUUUUUAAAAGUUAUGGAAAGACUUAUUUUACUUAAUCUUGAACCCUCUUUAAAGCCUUUUAACGACCCCAACCAGUUUGCCUAUAAACAUAGUAGGUGUACCCUAGAUGCCGCUGUAGUUCUAUAUCAUAAUAUAGUCUCUAGUUUAGAUAGAGGAGCCAAAUAUGUUCGGUGUGCCUUCCUUGAUUACACAUCUGCAUUUGACUCUGUACCUAGGUCUCUCUUGUUAAGUAAGCUUGCUGCAACACAGAGUGAGAGCUGGAUAAAUAAGUGGUUGUAUUCCUACUUUUCUGAUAGGAAGCAGUACACUGUCUACAAUGGAAAGUCCUCCUCUACCUCACUUACUUUAGCUGGUGUUCCUCAAGGUGCCGUUCUUUCUCCUUUUCUGUUUUCUUUUUUCUUACAUGACUUGCCCCAUUCUGAUGUAGCCACUUUUGUCAAGUAUGCUGAUGACCUCCCUGUCUCCAUGCCCGUCAACUCUCAGUCAGACUGUUCCAUAUUAAAUAACUUUCUCUCGGAAAUUAGUCAGUGGUCCUCUUCAAACGGUCUUAAGCUGAAUCCGUCUAAAUGUCAGGUAGUAAAUUUUACUUUCAGACGAAAAAGUGACCUUCAACAACUAGCUAGCUCACAUGGUCCCACUAUCAUUGACGGCAUAGAGGUUGAAACUACAUCAGAUGUCAAGUACCUUGGACUGAGUAUUUCCUCCGAUCUUUCCUGGUCCUCUCACAUCUUGCUAGUGACUAGAAAGAUGUUUCGCUUAACGUUCUACCUUAGGAAGUUUAGGCAGUCUGGUAUAAAGCAAUCUUUACUUUCUCAGUUUGUCAAUUCAUGUAUUCUACCCAUCCCUCUUUACUGCUCCCCAUUAAUCUUUCCUGGACUACUUAAGAAAGACUUUGCUUCGCUGCAUAGUGCACUAAAAGCUGUUAGUAGGGCAAGUGGGAUUUCGUUAAACCAACUGGUUAACACAACUGUGGAUAGACAUAUAAUGUCAUGUAAGAAACUAGCAAAUUCUAUAUUGUCAGACCCCGAACACCCUCUCCAUACGCAGCUCUCUCCUUGCAUUUCAUCUGGUAGAACUAGAAGCAACUAUAGGAAGCUAUAUGCCAGGACUACCAAGUAUAAAAACUCCACAAUACCUUAUCUGGCACAACUGUUAUGUGAUGAGAAAACUGUUAGGCAUGACAUGAUCACUUUACUGCGGCACUCUAACAAAUAGUUCCCAUUAGCUUUUGUUCUCCUUUCUUUGUUACUAUUAUAUUGUUGCUCAUAUAUUUUAUUACAGAUUAAUUUUAUAUAUCGUAUCCUGUGGUGCACUGUUUAAAUAUGUGAAUGCAAUGCUGUUCUUUUUUUAUUUUAUUUCUCUUUUUCUUUUUGUUGUUGUUGCUUUAUAUUUCUAAAUCCUUAUAAAAUUUACGAGGUAAUUAGAUGCAAUAUUGUAAUGAACGCUGAAAAUUCCAUACCUGUACCACAAAUACUGUUUGGAAUAAAGCCAUUAUUAUUAUUAUUAAUUACUAUUUCUACUUUUGUGGUUGACGGGCUCACCAGUUUAGGG